CUGAGCUGAAUGAGAUUGAAGAAGAGUUCUUCUUGUUUUGUAGCUUCAGUUUCUCUGUUUUUACACAAAUUUUGCUAAAACUAAAUAUAAAAUAGUGCAACAAAACAAAGCUCCGCGGGGAGGAGUGAGCAGGACUGUUUGUGUGCUGUUAUUCCAUCGCGGAUCGGCUUCUUGGAGAUAUAUAUUUAAUUAAUCUAGAGGAGGACUGCUGCUGAGGCAGCACAGAGGGGUGGAGUCCAGUCCCACAGCCAGGUGCGGCACUUUAAUGCUUCAGGUGGAUGGUUUUCCUACUGGAGACGGUGUUAAGGUAAAAGCCCAGGCUGAUCGAUCGGCUGGCAGACUGACUGGAUCCAUGAUGGAACUACAGACGUUACAGGAGGCUCUGAAGGUGGAGAUCCAGAUCCAUCAGAAACUGGUUGCCCAGAUGAAGCAGGACCCUCAGAACGCAGAUCUGAAGAAGCAGCUCCACGAACUUCAAGCGAAGAUCACAGCGCUCAGUGAGAAGCAGAAGAAGGUGGUGGAGCAGCUGAGGAAGGAGCUGUUGGUGAAGCAGGAGCCAGAGGCAAAGCUGCAGCUGCACGUCCAAACUCCUCCAGGAGGCGUCGACAUCAAGCCGACCAACCUGCUGCAGAGCCAGCAGAUACCUGGAGCACUGCAGCAGACCCUGACAGUCACGCCGGUCCUCACCACGAAGACUCUACCUCUGGUGCUGAAAGCUGCCGCCACGCCCACCUUGCCUGGAUCUGUCCUGCCACAACGCCCAGCCACUGUCACUAUGGUCACCACAGCUAUCACCAAACCCGACUCACAGAACGCCCCCAUCAAUCUGCAGGUGGCCAGUAAGCUGACCAAUCAGAGCUCGGAGCCCGUGCGACUGGUAUCCAAGAACACCAUGAUGGUGCAGGCCACCACCACCGCCCAGCCAAUCAAAGUUCCUCAGUUUGUCCCUCCUCCUAGACUGAUGCCUCGACCCACCUUUCAGCCACAGGUCAGGCCAAAACCGGCCACACCCACCAACGUCCCCAUCGCCCCGGCCCCUCCCCCGCCCAUGAUGGCAGCCCCCCAGCUGCUCCAGAGGCCCGUCAUGUUGGCUACCAAGCUGUCGUCCUCGCUGACCUCGGCGGCUCCCAUCCACCAGGUCCGUAUCGUUAACGGUCAGCCCUGCGGUAAGACCCCGCUGACAGGCAUCGUCAUCACCACGCCGGUCACCGCCGCCCCCACCCGCCUCGCCAGCCCCGCCCAGGCCCCCAACCCCACCCCUAUCCCCACCCCGGCUCCUGCCCAGCCGAUCCAGAUCAGCAGCCUGACCACUGAGCCCAAGCAGACUGUUAAACCCGAGCAGAAGGCCGUCGUCAGCCUCCCCUCUUCCUCCACUCCUCCACUGUCUCCUCCUGCCAGACCCAAGAAAGAGGAGAGCCCAGAGAAACUGGCCUUCAUGGUGUCCUUGGGUCUCGUAACACACGACCACUUGGAAGAAAUCCAGAGCAAAAGGCAGGAGAGGAAGAGAAGAACGACGGCCAACCCGGUGUACAGCGGCGCCGUGUUUGAACCCGAGAGGAAAAAGAGUGCAGUGAGUUACCUGAACAGCCCUCUGCACCAGGGGACCAGGAAGAGAGGUCGCCCACCCAAAUACAGCAGCGUCCCGGAGCUGGGCAGCCUCACCCCGACCUCCCCCUCCAGCCCCGUCCAUCCCCUCCCCCUGCCCAGCCCCAGCUCUGGGGAUGGAGACAUCCAUGAGGAUUUCUGCACUGUGUGCAGACGCAGUGGCCAGUUGCUCAUGUGCGACACGUGUUCUCGUGUUUAUCACCUGGACUGCCUGGAUCCACCCCUGAAAACCAUUCCUAAAGGCAUGUGGAUCUGUCCAAAAUGUCAAGAUCAGAUCCUGAAAAAAGAAGAAGCCAUUCCCUGGCCCGGCACACUGGCUAUUGUUCAUUCCUACAUCGCUUACAAAGAAGCUAAAGAAGAGGAGAAACAGAAGCUGAUGAAAUGGAGUUCUGAGCUGAAGCUGGAGCGAGAGCAGCUGGAACAGAGAGUCAAACAGCUCAGCAACUCCAUAACGAAAUGCAUGGAGACCAAAAACACCAUCCUGGCUCGUCAGAAGGACAUGCAGCUUUCCCUGGAAAAAGUCAAACACCUGAUUCGCCUCAUCCAAGCCUUCAAUUUCAACCAAGCCCUGGCAGAGACAGAGGGCAAGGACGGCAGUGCGAGAGUCCAGGACGGUGCUGAAGGAGCAGUCGGCUCUGAAGCCGCACCAGAAGCCAACUCUGCAGAGAAAGCGAAGGCCGGGAGCUCCUCGGCCAGCGGCAGCACUGAUGUGAACGACAAACAAGAGGAACACGGGACCGCAGGGAACAACCAGACGACAGGAGCAGUAGGAGGAGACUCCAGCAGCCAGGCUGUCCUAGAAGACAGCGUAGUCCUAACAGCAGAUAACUGCCCCGGCGUAGCGGCAGGGGGUAAGGCAGGGCCUGGUGUUGGAGCAGGGGGACGGGGUGACACAGGGACUGGUCUCCAGGUGGAGGUUGUGACCAAGCCUGAGACUGCGGCAGCUCUGGCGGUUGACAUUCCCACUUCCUCAGUGGUCGCGACUGUUGCCACCACCAACGGCACGGCCGAGUCGGCCUGCCCUGACCGCAGCCCCGCAGGAGGCUGCACCACCACCAACUCUGAGAACAAGAUGACUGCCGUCCACCCUCCAGAGACAGCGGUGGAGAAGACGCAGGAGGAGCUCACUGACAGUGACGGCAGCAACACCAACAACAGCAAAACCUCAGAACCCUCCCAGCAUUCUUUGCCAGCUCUUGUCAGCAGUUUGGACAAUAAAGAGUAAUGCUACGUCUCUUGAGUUGUGGGAAUUCAAACAUAUAUAUUAAAAAAAAAGACUCUUGCUUGCACCGUACGGUGCCCUGAAGUUGCCAAUCUGUAUAAAUGUUGUUUGUUUGCAUUGUAUUGUCAGACUGUGUCAAUGGUAGAUAUACAGCCCAAGUCACAUGACUCUGGGAAGACGUAGGCCGCCCCGCCCACAGCGCUGGGGUACGGGAGGGCUUACGUUCCAGUGUCAUCAUGCCAAUUAGUGAUAGACGUCAGUGGUGGGAAUGCUCAAAGGGAGAUUUAAUUCAUCAUCACACCAGUGUGUGCCUGUUCUAGUGGCCCCUGUGUUCUCUUGUGGGGUGGGGAGACGGUUCACAUGGGUACAGAGAAAACCGAGAACAUGGAACCAAACAUCUGUCAGGGGUCUAAAAAGCAGUGUUGUGAUAGAGUAUGCGUACUGAAAAGAGAACCUGUUCAUCUCCUCGUCCCAACGAACUUAAUGUGAACAACCUUUAACUUCUGCAGUUCCCCAUAAUCUCCUCUAACCUUUGAAUCACCCCAAACCUUAACCAAUAAGUCUUACCUAACCCCUAACCCCUACCUCUGCCCAUCCAAAACAGACUUUCCUGACUUCCCCUUUAACCAACAACUUAAACCAUCUUCAGCCAGCACAAAAAGGUUCAGGACGCUUCAAACAAAAGUUCUUACUGUGUGUCGUGUGAACACAUGUUAAGGCCGAAGUGUUUAUAGCUGUUCAAAAGUCCACACUCGAAGGCUGGCUGGUCAUUCUCACUGUCAGAACGUCUCCUCGAACGAAGUCAAACAAAAAAGACCCCUUGAGAGUAAAGUUCAAACCUCUCAACCGGCCAAUCGCUGUGUUAAAUGUGAUGUUUGAAUUGCUGGUUUUGGAAAGUUACCUGCUUUGUUUGCAGCAUACUGACACCUUUACAUUGACCCCUCCAUCAACCUGCGACUGAAGUCAUCUUCCAGUAGCGGUAACCUUCCUCUUGUGACUAAAAGUCAAAUUUAGGUCCACCAGCGAACUAACGACCCCGCCCUCCUAAUCCCAAAUGGGCUCAAACAAACCAGUUUGUGCAAUCUGACAGAUGCAGCCCGACCCAGUUUGUCGGGACACGAGAUUCAGACGCUGUUUGGCGAUCUGUUGUUUGAAGCGUACCGAUGCCUUUAAACUAACGUCUCUAACUUCCAAAUCAACCUACGACUUUAACCGUGUUCAUUUAACAAAAAACCCAACCUGUCCUAUCGACCAAUAACCUUUCCUAGUGACCAAAACUCAAACCUAACAACCCAAACCCAGUUAACUGAAGACUCCACCCUCUCCCAGCUGGCCAAUGACUGAACCCCCCCCCCAUCUCUUUCCCUACUCGAAUCCCUGAGCUCAGGCAGAAAAGACGCUGAGCGUCGUGUUCAGCAGGUACGGAGGACGAGGUCGAACAGGCGCGGUAGCCUAACAGAUGUUAUCAGUGGUGUCGGUCAAGUGUAGUGAUUGAGUUUUUCAUUCGUGAGUCAAGUGUGUCAACUGUGAGCACUAAAUGUGAAAUUGCAAUAUUGCAAUGUCAACACACACAAACUAUCUGGGCUGUGUUUCUUUUUUAUAGGAAAAGAUAUUCAGGUCUUCCUAGUCUUCAGAAUAAGUGCUUUCUGUUCCUGAACCUGCUGGACUGGCAUUAUCAACACAAAAAGGAAUCCUCUUUUUGAAGUGGUGAUCUUUGCAUUAAGUACAUUUCUGUUGAAUCCUGAACUGCCAAAAUGAUGUUGUAUCCAAAUUCAGCAGGGACAAGUCCACUUACUGUAUUGAAAGAUCAAAUCAUUGGCGUUGUAAGAUUUAGAAGCUACCAUUUCAGAAAUUGGACGUCCCCAGAUUGAGACAGGAGAGCUUAUUAAACAAUAACAUUAAAGGAACUUUUUGUUCCUUGAAAUGGAAGGAUUUGUUGUGUGAACCUGCUCCUUCAGGUGGAUCUCACAGGACAAUACCACAAAUCCUGAGAUUAAAGCACAAGCUUGCUGCAUUACAAAGAAGUGCUGAAGAGCUUUUUGUAUGUUAAUAUGGAAUUAAACAGAGUAUGCAUCUCUUUGUUGUGAUGUGACUUAUCCCCACAUUGCCAAUAUUUUUCUAGGAGGAAAUACAAACCUCUGUCUGACAUCAAUGCUCAAGUCUAGUUCAUAUUUUCGGGAGGAAUUGCUGGGCUUCUGUCUCAGAAAGCCCUUCAUCCCCUCACACAUCUCUUUUCUUUCUGGAGCAUGUCUGGGCUGCAACGUGAUGCUGUUAUGUGUUGGCUUGGUGGCUGUCAGUUCGGGUCUGUCUUUGUCUGGUGAACUGAUCAUGACUUCUGGCUUGUUGGGUACGGGGCAUUAACAAACUCUGGUCUGCUCUUUAACUCGCUGGUUGUGCUGGAAUUUCUUUCUUUCUUUCUUUCUUUUUUGCAAUAUUUGAGUUUUGCUCACAUUUUUAUUCGUCCAACAACUUAUUCGCCCCGAUGAGAUAAUUCUAGGGAAUGCAGUGUCCGUAUUUCCGUCAGGGUCAACAAGUUUUCAUUCAUCCUGUAAAAUAUCUCCUCCUCCACUGGUUGGCUCAAAACGUGGUUCAUGUCCCCUCAGGAUGAACUGUACUGAACUCUGGUGGUCCUCUGACUUCCCAUCUAGCGCCAUCAUCAGGUCAACAUGUUAACUGAUGACAUUCCCAUCAGCCUCAGCUGUACGCUGUGUUUACUGCUAAUUAGCUAAUGUUAGCAUGCUAACACGCUAAACAAAGAUGGCGAACAUUCUAUGUGGUAAAAAUCAGCGUGUUAGCAUGCUGAUAUUAGCAUGUUAUAUUAGCAUAUAACAGAGCUCUCUCGGUGCAGGAGGAAAUUCUUAAACAAUAAAAUAAUAUUGAUGCCUCUUUCUGCACAGACCUCCAAAGCAUCGUAAACAUGCACAUGAUGGUGGGGUUGAAUAUGUUGUUGGGCGACUGUGAAAUAAGCUGUUACUGGUGUCAUUUUUUCAUAUCAUACGGACUCUUGUAACUGAAUCAGCAUAUCUGACACAUGAUUAUCUGACAUCAGCUGUACAAACUGCCUUCAUUCAGAAGAUCCCAGAAAAAGAAAGCAGAGGAAAUCUCUGUAACAUUUCCACACGUUUGGCCACAGUGCUGUCUGAUAAAUGUAAUUUGUGUCUAAUGGAGAGUUUAGCCAUUCGAACGUGGACGGAAGAGACUGGCCAGGGAUGCAAUCCAAAAGAAAACGGCAACUUUAACGUCCCCGGUUCCUUAUGAAGUCCAUUCGUUGUGUGUUUUGUUCUUUGUCGGCUUACUCGGGUGGACGUUCUUCUUCUUUCAACAUGUCGGCCUGUGUUCACUCAUGGAUAGAGCAGCGCAGUCUUUCACUCUCUUCACUCAACAAGUUUUUCUUUGAACACACCCAAACUUGUGUUCCAGACAAACUGGACCUUUCCCUCUGUACAGUAGGUACCUCGAGUGCCUUUCUUCAAACAGCAGAUAAUAUUUGUCUCUUGACUUGCACUGUGACUUGUAGAACCUUACUAACCCUCCAGAUGAUCCUCCCUCCCAACCCGACCCGACCCGACCCGACCCGCCGUCCUCUGGACUGUCCCAUCCCACCAAGCUCCUUCAAACUCCGGAGCACAAACCCGGUCCCUUCACCUCAGGCUGCCAGAAGUCAAUGCGAGUUGAAACUACAUUUCAUAUUAUGGCGUUUAGAUUGACCAGAUAGUGUUUUGUUGUUGUUAAUAAUAGGAGUUGCCUUAAAUGUCUUUUAUUUUCCUUUUUUACGUGAUUAACUCUUACCAUUAGGGGGGAAAAUAUCGCUGCAGGCGCUGGGGAAGCUCAGAGGUAGUUGGCUGAAAACCUGGCGCUCAGCGGCCAAUAAAAUGCUCCAAAGAGGGACUGUUGAUUGAUCUUUUGUGCGGUGUGACAGCCAGUUGUUUUGUGAUGCACUUUUGGUUUGACCAGUAUUAUUAGUCUAAAAAUGGGACCCGUCAGCAGAAUCGCAGUCAUGAAUCUGGCUCUGGAUUUGAGUUCCUAGUUUUCCCUGACUGGUCCUGAGUCAGGACUCGGGAGCUCUUUUUGUUUUCCCUCGUCCAUCAUUCCGUCUGUGCUGUGGUUCUUCUUGUGUUUCGGAAGAGGGAUGAGUUUGCUAAAUCAGGUCACGUGAGCCGGAGCCUGUGUGCAUUUGGUACGAACAAACUAACCUGCACCCUGACGGACAGACUUAGACCCAAUUAGCAACAUCUGUCCACUCAGUCCGGUGGAACGCAUGCCUUCUUAUGCAAAUUUUUAUACAAGAUUUGUCAAACCUUUUUUAAUAUGCAUUUGUUUUUGUUUUGUUUUUUUAAGUUUUUAUGUGAAACUCAAGUCACCUUUUAUUUCCUUUUGAACAUUCUGGCAUCUGAUGCCAAACGUGUGCAGUUUAGGCGUUGGAACAGUUUCGGUAGCCAUCCUCCACUUCCUCCUGACGUCAUGUUUUUAUGGUCGGAGCUGAGAAGGUUUUGGCUCCUUAGUUUAGAUUUUAAUUUGAACUUGGCUAAUGCACCACGCUGAAUGUGGGGAUCCCAGCAGGGCUUUAAGGGGGCCGGGCCUCGAUCAAGUCUUAAGGUCUAAAUUGUGUCAUUUCUAUUGAGUCAAGCUCUAAAGGUGAAUUUUUAUCCAAAGAACACUGCACAUGUGCAUUUCUGUUUGGAAGCCUUUAUGUAGUUGAUGCAUAUCAUUUGGAAAUUCAUUUCUGCGUCGGCAUCGUGUGCAUUCACCGAGCUGGACAAGGACCAUGUGUUGGCAGCUGAGAGCUGUUAGUCUUAUAUGCAUUCAGUAUGUUCAUCUCCAGUUCCCUGUGUGGUGAAGUAGUUCAGUCCGACUCGAGUCUUUUCAGAUUUUAGUUUUUAAAAAACGAUCAAGUCAUGAUUGUGGCCUUCUAGUAUUUUGUCGAUACAUGACAUCAACCCGUUGUUACCGCUCACCAUCCAUCCUGUCCGGACCCAACUGUACACCUGAAGCUUCUUACCUCAUCCACAGCUAAUUCCAUCGGGGGUGUGUUGAGUGCAAAAAAAUAAAAUAACCUAAAAAACAAAAUAAGUCUUUUUUUAUCUUCCAUUUGGUGAGAUGCAUUGUAGCGAUAUGAAUAAAGAAAAAGUUCACCUGGUGUGCUGAAUAAUGUGUAAAUUGGUAAUUACACAAUCUGAAUAUUUGUAUAAUUGUUUGUAUUUUUUCAUAAUGAUUUUGGAAAGGAAUGUGUUUAUUUUUUUGACUUCUGUUCCAGAUGUGUCUUCUGUUGGCCUGACAUUGUGACUGGUCUGGUGGGAUUCUUACCUCUGUAUUGAGCCUCUUCUGUGAUGAAUUCUUUGUAUGCAGUGUUUAGGAAAUACUGUAGGGAACAUGGGGAGGAGUUGAUAUUAGGAGCAUUUGAUCAAUUUGUAUUUAUUUAUUUUAUCAUUUUGUUAAUAAAUUGUGAAAAGCA